AUGUGGUUUUACAGUUUAUGUCUACUGUCAACUCUUACCUUGACUUCUGCUGGUACUUUAGAAGUCAAGUGUUAUUCAUGUGCUGGAGAAGCUUGUGUCGCUCCAAUUAGUACUGUUUGUGGGAUCAACAAUGGAUGUAUUAGGGUAAGAAAACAAAAUAUUAAAAAUUAAAAAUUUUUUUUAAAAAAAUAUUCAAAAAAAUAAAAAAAAAUUUUAAGUUAAAAAAAGUUAUUUUCAGGUUUCAAAUUCCACUCCUCGCCCUCUAUAUUUAGGCUGUAUGCCAAAGGCAAAUAAAGACCACGAAAAAUAUGUAAAUUUAAGUGACUUUCGUCUGCCCGACGAUUGGUAUGUCACUGCUUGUUGGACAGACUUUUGUAAUGCUGAAGACUCAUCAGCCACCAAAGUUUUACUCUCAUCCUUAAUAUUCUUUGCUUUUACAUUUUGGGUUGUGUUAUAA